AGACGGUCGAGAUCUAAAUAUUUUCUGUAGUAUUCACUCUCUCGUCGGAAGGAAGGAAGAAGGAGAAGAAAGAGAGGAUCUGGAGAUGCCGCUGUACGACUGUAUGCUUCUGUUCAAGCCAGUAAUCAGGAAGGAAGGCCUGAUCGAUCUCGUCGCUCGCAUCGGUAAACACGUUUACAGCAGAAAUGGUGUCCUCACGGAAGUCAAAUCCUUCGGCAAGGUCGAAUUGGGUUACGGUAUCAAGAAGCUCGACGGUAGACACUAUCAGGGGCAACUGAUGCAGAUAACAAUGAUGGCAACUCCAAACAUGAACAAGGAGCUUCAUUACCUCAACAAGGAAGACAAACUCCUCCGCUGGCUCCUUGUUAAACACCGCGACGUCAAGAUUGGUCCUUCCGAAAUGGAAGACCGUCAGGACGAGUUUAACAGAGUUACUAGUAGGAGCAUUUAUGAUGAGUCUUCUACUGACGAUGAAGACGAUAUCUUAGGGUUAUCUCGAUGAAGCAGAAAAAAAAAAUCGUCUUUAAAAGUAAUAUUUCUCAGAUCACCAGAGUGUCCUUCAUCUUUCUCUUAUUGUUUGGUUAUAGACUUGGUGUUGUUUUGCUCCUCAGACAAAGAAAUAAGAUAUUGUUUUAACA